UUUUCAAGGCUCAGUCGUCUACCAGCCGUCGAGUGGGUAGUCUGGUUCGUUCGCCAGUCGGUCCGAAUCAUUGUCGGGUCGCAUCGCGUCGCGUCGCGUCGCGUUGCGUCGUGUCGUGUCAGCCUUACUGCUCCUUCCAUAAGGAUCGCAAGGCACGGAAACGAGACCAGAAAGUUCCCGAGUUCGGCGUCUCCGAUUGUUUUCCCAGCCAGCUUCGCCCAUUCUCAGCAAUUCUCUGCUCCUCGCGAACGGGACACUCAACGGAAAAUCGAUUCUCGAAGCUGUUCGGCAAAGACUAUAAAAUGCUGGAUGUUGCCAAUGUUGGACAAAGUUGACGAUAGUCUUCUCGUGGGGAGACGCCUAUUUGAUUAACAUCUAAUCAGCAGGAAGAAGAAGAAGAAACGCGCACGCACAUUCACGUGUCGACCGAUAGUAAUCAAGUGAAAGGCGAGACGCACAAUGGAUCCUUAUUCAUUAAGCGUGGAACGGGAGGCUUCGAAGAACAUCGAGGAGAACGAGCGAGAGUGUUUUAAAGAUGCAAUCGUCUCGAGCCGGAGUCUCAACAAAGGUUUCGUCGAACCGACGAAUAUCAGAAAUGCCAUUCGAGAGAUCGCGGCAUGCAUCGUUGCGGCAUCUUUCCACAUAGCGGUGGGCCUCACCAUGGCAUACUCGGCGACUCUUAUACCUCAUCUCGAGAAAGAAGACGCGGAGCUGCAUGCCACGCAAGGACAGACUUCCUGGAUAGCCAGUUUGGUCGUCGUGAGUACACCGAUUGGCGCCCUGUUGGGUGGCUUCCUGAUGGAGACAUUCGGCCGAUUGAGAACUCUGCAGAUCGGGGCGUUCCCCUCCGUGGUCGGGUGGAUCCUCAUCGCCCUCUCGGUCAAUAUACCGAUGUUGCUGGUUGGCCGUUUGUUAACCGGACUGGCGACCGCCCUGGCGACCUCGCCAGCGAUCGUCUACAUCACCGAAGUGGCCAGGCCGGAACUGCGCGGCUCUAUGAUCUCAUUCGGACCGACGCUGGCAUCGUUCGGCAUGGUGCUGUCCUAUCUGAAGGGCGCUUAUCUGCCGUGGCGAACGGUCGCCUGGAUCAGCAUCGUCUACUCGAUCGUACCCAUCAUCCUCAUACAGUUCUUCGUGCCGGAAUCGCCCGUCUGGCUCGUCUCGAAGGGCCGUAUCGACGAUGCCAAGAAAUCUUUGGAAUGGCUUUACAAAAACGAGACGUCACAAAGUAAAACAUCAGUAGCCGAGACGCAAUUUACCACUAUUAUGAAAGAGAAUGAAAUUAAAUUGAAUGAACAACGGCGGAGCAAACAUAGCAGCGCGUCCAAUAAAUGGCGAGGAUUCCUCAAACCGACCGGAUGGAAACCCAUGGCGAUACUUUUCCUACUUUUUUCAUUUCAGCAGUUUUCCGGGAUUUAUAUCACGUUGUUCUACGCAGUGACUUGGUUCCAAGAGGUGGGCGCAGGUGUAGACGAAUACAUAGCGUCGAUUUUGGUAGGUUUGACACGUUUCUUGUGCUCCAUGGUGAACACUUGGCUACUGAGACGAUACAAAAGACGAACGUUGUGUAUAAUAUCGUCUUUUGGGAUGGCUAUAUCCAUGAUCGUCUCUGGUUACUUCACUCUAAACAUCAAAAAUGGUGAUCGUAGCGGAUUCUGGGUACCGGUGGCCUGUCUGUUACUUUACGUAUGCACAUCUAUGGUUGGAAUGUUGACUAUUCCAUGGACCAUGACGGCAGAAUUGUUUCCGACCGAGAUCCGCGGAAUUGCCCAUUCCAUCAGUUAUUCCAUGGCAAAUCUGCUGAUGUUUGCUGCAUUGCAGACUUAUAGAAGCUUACAAGCUUUCCUGGGAGGUUCAUAUGCGGUCCAGUGGUUCUUCGCUGGCGUUUCUGUAGGGGCGGCUAUUUUCGUGUGGCUGAUGUUACCAGAGACGCAUGGAAAGAAGCUGUCAGAGAUCGAGGAGUACUUCCAUAACAAUUUUUUGGCCUUGGGAGCGGAGGCAAAGGACAAAAAACGGCGGGCCAGAAGAAGGGCUGCUCAGCAAAAGACAAAAUCGCCGGUGACGGAGCCGCUCAAUCCGAAAACCGUGCAGACCGUUUAAGCUCUCUUUCUUAUUUUUCUCUUUUCUCUUAUUUUUUUCUUAGUUUAUUCUCUUUUUACCGUGAUCUGCGCAUUAUAUAUGAACGCAGAAUUUCACUUAUCUUUGAAAAAGUGACUGAAGUAUUAAACUGAAAUAUUCAACUUAUGUAACUAGCUUUUUUCUUAUGCGAUAAAUUUUCUAAUGUGUUUGAAUCGCAAGAUAAAUCCAAGAUAAACUUAGCCAUGUAAAAUGCGACUCACUUUGAUACUAAUAAUAGAAUUAAUAAAAUCUAUUUGUUCGACGUGAAUUGUAUUUGGCGGAAUAAUCAACAUUCGGGAACAUUCGGAAGAAUAUAUAGCUUGAUAGAAGGAUGAUAUAUGAAGAAUGAAGUGUGAAGCUGAAAUUGUAGUUUCAGAUAUGAUUUUAUACCUCGUUGCUUUCAUUUAUGCUCACUUGUUGUAAGUAGUUCUAAAUGAUUCUAAAAAAUCACGUGUGACAUGCGUAUCACCAUCAUAAAUGAUCAUAUAUGAUAAAAGUAAAUGCAAAUGAAAAAUAUUUCUCCAAUGUUCCGCUUCUCGAAUUAAAGUUGAUAAAGGACGUCAAGAUUUCUACAUGUAGUGUUAUUAUAUAAAAAAAGAUAAUAGAGAAAAAGAGAGAAAUAUAAUACAUCGCGUAGGGAAAAACGUGAAACUGUCUUGCGUUUUGCAAAGAAUCAUGCACGCGCGAGAACGUCCAAGCAUAGUGCCUCCAGUUUUCUUUAUCUACGAGAAUUUCGCGCGAGGAUUAUUGUUACAGUAUUAUGAUGCCGAUCUGAUAUUGCGUAGAUUAUUCGCAAAAUUGAUUGUAAUUCGCGAUAAGGAUUCUCCGCUUUUCUAAACGAUACUGUCACUCCAGCGAUUCGCCGCAAUUUAACUCGAGUGGCAUAACAAUAGGAUCUCGAGAAAAGGUGAAACAGUUAACGUAUGGACGAUCUCGAAUUUAGCAAAUUAAAUGAUUACAAAUUUAGCAAAUUGAAUGACAUAACAAAUGUACAAACAUAGUGUAAAUGCUUAAAGCGAUACAAUUGUAUCGCUAAAGCUUUGUAUUCUGCGGAGGAUCAAAAGUAGAUCUUUGUGAUAGAUCGAGCAUUCCUUCAUAACGUAGUUUUGCGAACUCGCUACAAACGAGUGAGUUUAUUAAGCGGAUAAUCUAUUCGCAUGUGGCGCCGUUUACUUAGCACAGAUACUUAGAUUACUCCAAGAGUAUUUAGUUUAGCGCAUUAAGAAUCAUUUAGACGGAGCGAGAUAUUUAGAAAAAAAAAAAAAAAAUAUAACAUCCUCAAUAGCGAUCGUAAAACGUUGCACAAAACAUCCAUUUAACAAUACCGUACAGAUAUUAAUCUAUGAGAAACAGCGGCGUGAAUACAAUCGAAUUUGUCACCCGCGUAUCGACAAUCAAAUAUGUAAUUGAAAAUUGCCAACAUUGUAAUUCAAUUAAACUGUAAUUAAAUAGUAAUUCAACAAA